AUGGGUCUCUUCGUGCUCGCAGAGACGCCUGCGGGCUUCGGUCUGUUCAAGGCCAAGGACAAGAAGCUCCUGCUCUCGCUCAAGAAGUUGAUCAAGUUCGAGGACUCGGCGCAGGCGCUCGGCGAGUACUCGGCCCUCACCGAGGGCAAGGUCACCCCCAUGCUCCAGCAGCUCCUCGAGGACAUCAAGGACGAGAGCAAGAAGUCGUCGCUCGCCGUCGCCGACCCCAAGCUCGGCGCCGCCAUCAACGUCCUGCCCGAGCUCCAGAUCACCCCGGUCUCCGACUCGUCCACCAACGACCUGUUCCGUGCCAUCAAGACCUACCUGCCCGAGCUCUUCCCCGACCUGUCGAGCGACUACCUCGGCAACAUGGCCCUCGCCCUGUCCCACUCCAUCUCCCGCCACAAGCUCAAGUUCUCCCCCGACAAGGUCGACGUCAUGAUCGUCCAGGCCAUCAAGCUGCUCGAUGACCUCGACAAGGAGCUGAACAACUACGCCAUGAGAGUCAAGGAGUGGUACGGAUGGCACUUCCCCGAGAUGGACCGCAUCGUCAACGACAACCUGGCCUACGCCCGCAUCAUCAUGGCCAUGGGCACCCGUGAGAACGCCGCCAACACUGACCUCUCCGACAUCCUCCCCGAGGACAUCGAGGCCCGCCUCAAGACCGGCGCCGAGGUCAGUAUGGGUACCGAGGUCGGCGACUUCGACCUCGAGAACAUCAAGAUGCUGGCCGAGCAGGUCAUCGGCUUCACCGAGUACCGCCAGCAGCUGUCCCAGUACCUGACUUCGCGUAUGAAGGCCAUCGCCCCCAACUUGACUGAGCUCGUCGGCGAGCUCGUCGGUGCCCGCCUCAUCGCUCACGCCGGUUCGCUCAUGAAGCUCGCCAAGAGCCCUGGUAGCACCAUCCAGAUCCUCGGUGCCGAGAAGGCCCUGUUCCGUGCCCUGAAGACCAAGCACGAUACUCCCAAGUACGGUCUCAUCUACCACGCUUCCCUGGUCGGCCAGGCCACCGGCAAGAACAAGGGAAAGAUCGCCCGUAUGCUGGCCGCCAAGGCUGCUCUUGGUCUGCGUGUCGAUGCUCUCUCGGAGCUGAGCGCAGAGGGUCUUGAUGGUGAGGACAUCGCCAUUGACGAUGAGGAGAGAGCCGAGCUCGGUAUCCGAUCCCGCAUCAAGCUCGAGAACGCCCUGCGCAGAAUGGAGGGCAAGCCCAUCCAGACCAAGGGUGUCAAGAUUGCGCCCAACGGCGCCGGCCCGUCCAAGUUCGAGGUCAAGCCUUCAAGAAACUACAACGCUGACGCCGACGGUGUCUCGAGCGACAAGAAGCCCUUGAUCCAGGAGGUCGAGGAUACCCCCAUGGGAGACGCCGAGGAGGACGACUCGGAAGACGACUCCGAGGCCGAGAAGAAGAAGGCCAAGAAGCUGGCCAAGGAGCAGAAGCGUGCCGCCAAGGAGAAGAGGAAAUCGGGAGCGACCGAGGUCGAACCCCUGACCCCCAAGGCACCCAAGGCACUGUCUGAGGCCGACUACGAACGCCUGGCCGCCGCGGCUGGUAUUUCGGUGACCAAGUUCAAGCGCAAGUUCGAGCGUGGCGACGUCGAGAUGGGUGACGAUGGCACGCCGUCCGUGGUCAGCAAGAAGGACCUGAAGAAGAAGAGGAGGCAUUCCGAAGUCGACGGCGACGAGAAGAAGAGCAAGAAGGCAAAGAAGGAGAAGUCAUAA